AUGGCAACAAGUACUGUUAAUGUUCUAGGUUCACAUCCGAGUCCAUUUGUAAAUCGAGUUUUAAUUGCCCUCAAUGUUAAGUCUGUGGACUAUGAACUUUUACAAGAAGACAUGUCCAAUAAAAGUGAGCUUCUCCUUAAAUCCAACCCUGUUCUUAAGAAAAUCCCAGUUCUCAUUCAUGAUGACAAGCCUAUUUGUGAGUCCUUAGUCAUUGUCCAAUACAUCGAUGAGACAUGGACUAAUGGCCCCUCCAUUCUACCUUCUGAUCCCCUUGACCGUGCCAUCGCCAGGUUUUGGGCUGCCUACGUAGAUGACAAGUGGUUACCUUUGAUGUCAGAGCUUGGGAAAGCACAAGGAGAGGAGGCAAAAUCAGAAGUACAAGACAAACUAAUAGAAGCACUUCUACCUUUAGAAGAGGCAUUUGUUAAGUGUAGCAACGGGAAAUCUUUUUUUGGUGGAUACAAUAUUGGUUACGUAGACAUUGCUUUGGGAUGCAUUUUGGGUUGGAUAAAGGCAAUAAAAAUUAUGUUUGGAGUAGAGAUUUUUGACGUAACAAAGACCCCUGGUUUGAUUAAUUGGGCUGAUAGGUUCUUGGAAGACAAAGCUGUUAAGGAUGUCAUUUUGAAGCCAGAGGAACUUGUUGAGAUACUCAAGGUAUAUUUGGCCAAAAGACAAGUUGCUAAUGCAAAUUAAG